AAAAAAAAGAUUCGAAAAAAAAUUUCCGUGUUAUAAAAAGGCGCUAGCAUUUAAAAACAUUAUUUAGCCAUUUCUAGCAAUUUAGCCCAUCGAAUUCCGGCAACACUGCUGUAUUGUUAUCAGCACUAGUGUGUUUCGCGCAAUGUUAAAAAAACAUUACAAAUUACUGCUAAAAUGUGCACUUGUAAUACCUUUAAUCUUUAUAAUCGACUUGUGCGGCAUACUGACGCACCUCCGUGAACUGGAUUUUGAGACGCACUACUACUAUCCACUGCACAAUGACACAGCCCGAAUGCCCAAGUACAAGUAUCUGCAAAUGCCUGCAUAUACGGGUGCAGUUGACAAGAGCGGAGCCAAUCCACCACGCCUCACGCUACUGGUGAAGAGCGCUCUGCAUCAUCAGGAACAACGCCAGGCCAUACGCAAGACCUGGGGCUACGAGUCUCGCUUCUCAGACGUACACAUACGACGUGCCUUUCUGUUGGGCGUGUCCGCCGAUGGCAGCGCCACUUCGGCCAUUGAGCAAGAAGCCAAAGAGUAUGGAGAUAUUGUGCGCGCAGACUUUGUGGAUGCCUACUUCAAUAAUACAGUGAAGACCAUGAUGGGCAUACGCUGGGCCAGUGAGCACUUUAACAGCAGCGACUUUUACAUGUUUGUAGACGAUGACUACUAUGUGUCCAUCAAGAACGUGCUGCGCUUUCUAGGUAAAGGUCGGCAGACGCAUCACCAGAGUCUGCUCUUUGCCGGCUAUGUGUUCCAGUCAAGUCCACUGCGUCACAAGUUCAGCAAGUGGUACAUCUCUCUGGCCGAGUAUCCUUUUGACAAGUGGCCAGCUUAUGUUACCGCUGGUGCAUUCAUUCUCUCCCGUGACGCUCUGCUCCAAAUGUAUAAGGUCAGUCGAAGCUUGCCGCUGUUUCGCUUCGAUGAUGUCUAUCUGGGCAUGGUGGCACUCAAGGCGCACAUACCCGUGCACCACUGUGAUGGCUUUCAUUUCGACAGGCCCAAGUAUUAUGGUCCAGAGAGCUACAGCAACGUUAUUGCCUCGCAUGGUUUCAGCAAUCCCACUGAGAUGCAGCAUAUCUGGAACGAAUGCCGUUCCGCUAAUUAUGCGUAGCAUCUACAGUACUGACAAUUGUACAUAUAUAGCCAACAUAUAGACGAACAAGCCUUAUUAAGUUAUUUAUUAGUGAUAAUAAAUAUUUU